GAACACUGUUACCAUGGAAACCAUAAGAGCAUCUGUCAAAUGUAAAUAUUGUGACAAAGAUAAUCUGAAGAGGUGGCUCAAAGAAAUUGACUGAAAUGGAAAAACGUUGCCAGGGAGAGAAAGCAUCACUGGAAGAGAAACAAACCUGCACAAACCCAGGAGAACAUUAUGAUGAAGCCUCAGUUGGUCCCAGUGAUGGACAGCAGGUUCAGCCCACCAAGAGACUGCAGAAACAACACCGUUGUAACAAGUGUCUGAAACUUUUCAGAGGGAAGACGAAGCUGAAAAUUCAUCAACGCAUUCACACUGGAGAGAAGCUCUAUCUCUGUGACCAGUGUGGAAAGGCUUUCAUUUCCAAGGGUAAUUUAAACAGCCAUCAGCGAAUCCACACUGGUGAAAAGCCUUAUAGAUGUGAUCAGUGUGAGAAGACUUUCAAUCAGAAGUGUCAUUUAAACAGCCAUCAGCGAAUCCACACUGAUGAAAAGCCUUACAGCUGCAGUCAGUGUGAGAAAGGAUUCAAACAUUCCUCAAAUCUGAAGCUUCAUCAGCGAAUCCACACUGGUGAAAAGCCUUACAGCUGCAGUCAAUGUGAGAAGAGAUUCAAACAAUACUCACAUCUGAAGAUUCAUCAGCGAAUCCACACUGAUGAAAAGCCUUACAGCUGCAGUCAGUGUGAGAAAAGAUUCAAACAUACCUCAAGUCUGAAGCAUCAUCAGCGAAUCCACACAGGAGAAAAAGCCUGAUCCACAUAAGACAGCAGGAACAUCUGGAAUGUGAAGGAACUUCUUUCUCUCCUCCUUUCUUCCAUCACUACGGUGACAACAGUCGGUGAUGUCAGUAACAUUUAUAUCAAUAAUAAUAACAAGCAUGCAAACAAAU